AGUGUUUGGCUACAGUGGUAACAAACUCAGCCACCUCUUGACUAAGCUUUGGUUUUUUUGUGCUCCUUGUAAACUUUGUUUAUGCUCCCUCGCAGGUUAUUUAACCUGACCUUUUGGAUUACUGCUUCAGAAGACUCUGUGGCCUAAGGCUACCUACUAGAGUUUGCUUCCUGGAUUAUUGCCUUUGACUGGAUUUCGUUCUGGCUGGCAGCCAUCCUAAUUCCUUCGUUUCCCUGCAUCUGGACAUUAAGCAUAUGAUGUCCACCCUCCCACGUAAGCCAUCUCAAUUUGGAUUACCUCAUGGUUUUUUGGUCCACCUCAGAACAGCACCAGGAGGAAACAUCAAGACGAACACUGCUUCUAUGGACUUAAACCCCGAAUCCCUCAACCCCUGGCGACCUGACUACUUCAAACCAGUCAUGAAAUUGACGAGCGUCCUCCUGGGGCCCCCUACUGACUGAUAACAAGCACUGCGUGGGAGCUCAAUGAGUGUGUGCUCCUAACCAGCGCUCCACCUGUGUGUGUGUGUGUGGGUGUGUGUGUGUGUGUGUCUGUGUCUGUGUGGCACCAUGCUGUGGACAGUGCUGCUGGCGCUGCUUGUGCUUCUCCUGCUGCAGACUCAGCUCUCUGUUUGCUUAAGGGAUCUGCGCACCAGGGGGUCCAUUUCGCCUCUUCACUCUCCUGCUCCAUCUUCUUCCUCCCCCUCCUCCUCAUCAUCAUCCUCUUAUAAUGCUACCCAGCAGCGGCUGCCAGGAGCUAUUAUCAUUGGUGUACGGAAAGGCGGCACCAGAGCCCUGCUGGAGAUGCUCCACCUGCACCCAGACGUGGAGGUGGCGAAGGCUGAGGUCCAUUAUUUCAAUGUGGAGGAGCACUACCGCCAGGGUCUGGUCUGGUACCGAGCCCAGAUGCCCUUCACCCUCCCAGGGCAGCUGACGGUGGAAAAGACCCCCGGCUACUUUGCAUCUCCUCAGGUUCCAGCUCGAGUGUGGGACAUGAACCCCGCCGUCCGGUUGUUGCUCAUUGUCAGGGACCCAGCAGAGAGGCUGGUCUCUGACUACACCCAGGUCCUUCACAACCGCCUGACACAGCACAAGCCCUACCAGCCACUAGAGGAGCUCCUGCUCCACAAAGGCCACAUUAACCACGGGUACAAGGCACUGCAGAGGAGUUUGUACCAUCUGCAUCUGGCCCGCUGGCUGGAGGUUUUCCCCAGGGAGCAGAUUCAUGUGGUGGAUGGCGAUGCACUCAUUCGGGACCCCUUCCCAGAGCUGAGGAAGGCGGAAAGGUUUCUGGAUCUGCCACCUAGGAUAAACCCCAGCAAUUUUUACUUCAACAUCACCAAAGGCUUCUACUGUCUCUUGUCCGCUGGGCACGAUAAGUGCCUGGAUGAGUCUAAAGGCAGACCGCACGCUCCGCUAAGCACACAGGCCUUGCAGAAACUCUGUCGCUACUUCAGGAAGCCCAACAAACAUUUCUUUGAGAUGGUGGGGAGGUCUUUUUCCUGGUGCUGAUGCAGCAACUUCUGAGGGAAGCAAAACAAUCAGAGACAGAAGGAGAGGAAACCUGUGUGUUUCUGAUGGUAGAUGACUGAAACAUUAUAUCUUUUUUUUCUAGAUACCUUCUCAGGUGUAAACGUGGUCAAACAUUCUGCACCCACUAGGAAGCGGAACUGAAAAUGUGGUCGAAAAAACUUUAACCAAGUUGGUGCCUCCUCAGAAACGACGAAGCUACAACAACGGUGCCAUUGAAAAGUUUCCAAAAACUUAUUAGUUCUUAUGUGUGUGUUGUGACAGAAAAUGGACAAGAACUGAGCAGAUGGUUGCAAAGUUUGAUUGUUGCACUAUGACCAAAUUGCAUUAAAAGUCAGUCAGUGUAAAUACUCUCAGAACAGAAGCUUCUGCUGUGAUUUUAAACUGCUGUAAAAAGAUGUUAGUUUGUAAAACACUUCAAUUUUUCAUCAUGUUGUUAUUGUUCUGUUAGACUUAGUAAAGUUAAGUAAAGAUUGUGUCUUAUAAAAGUAUUCUUCCCUUUUCAACUUUCCCAUGUUUUGUCACGUUACAACCAUAAACUUGUGUAUUUUGUUAUGUGCUAUACAGAUACGUUUGUCAUUUGCACUGAAUGAAAAUUAUGGUUUUUUUUACAGAUUUUUACAAAUUUUAGAAACUAUGGCAUGGAUUUGUAUUUAGUGCCCUUUAUUCUAAUACACCUAAAUAAAAUCCAGUGCAAGUAAUACCUUUCAGAGGUUGCCUAAUUAGUAAACAGAGUUGAUAUGUGUGUAAUUUAACAUCCAAAUAAAUACAUAUGAGAACAUUAGAGAACAAACAGAAUCCUGAAGACUAGUAGACACACCAAACAGGUCAGGGAUAAAGUUCUGGAGAAGUUAAAAGCAGGUUUAAGUUAGUAAUUACAUCCCUACAAAGACAUGGCUGUCCAUCUGAACGGACAGGCAGGGCCAUCAGAGAAGUAAGAAGCACAUUGUAACUCUGGAGGAGCUGCAGAGAUCCACAGCUCAGAUAGGAGAACCUGUUGUAAGUCAUGCACUCCAAAAAUCUGGCCUUUAUGGAAAAGUCUUAACGACAACAACCACUGAGUUCCUGUUUGCUGUUUGGCACAAGUUGGGACAAAGCAAAGCUAUAGAUGAAGGUGUUUUGAUCAUAUCUGGCAGAAAACUCAAACUGCACAUCAACCUGAACACACCAUCCUCACAGGGAAACAUGGUGGCGGUAGCAUCAUGCUGUUGGGGAAGCUUUACUUGGGACAGAGAAGGUAUUCAGAGUUGAUGUGAAGAUAGAGGGAACUGUCCGAGGCUUAAAAAGACCUCAAACUGGGGCGGAGGUUAACCUUCCAGCAUGGCCCUACCAUAAACCAGCCAGAGCUACAGUGGAAGGGUUUAGAUCAAGACGGUCUCCAUGUAUUUGAAAAGAAUAAUGGGAGAAAACUUCAGUCUUUAGAGUUAAAAGCUGGUAGAGAUUUACCGUAAUAGUUUUGCAGCUGUAAAAGCAACAAGUUAUUUCAAUCAAACAGUGUCACUGGAUUCAAACCACAUAUUUCAGAAAGUCAUGAAUACUUUUCUUUCCACUUCAGAGUGCACCAGUUUAAACUGGUCUAUCACAUGAAAUCUCAAUGAAACACAUUGACGUUUGUGGUUAUAACAUGACAUGAAAACUGUGACAAAGGGGUAUAAAUACUUUUGCACAGCAGUGUACAUAUAUUUCCAACCUUUUGAAAAUGGCACAUUUUCAUUUUCUUUAUACGUGAAGCCCAAUACGGUGUUAUUGUUAUAUUAACGUGUCCUAAUAAAUGCAUUCUGACUUUC